AUGCCGCUGUUUAGCUACUAUGGCGAUAUACCAGACAGCUCCGCUGCCCUGUCAUAUCCAUCGCUCGUUUUCGCCAUUCUCACACCAAUUGUUGUGGCUGCAAGACUGCUAGGCCGACACUAUCUUUCUGGUCGACUUGGUCCGGAUGAUUGGAUGAUACUGGUUUCCUGUUAUGCAAAUGGGCAUUCGCUCUAUUUCGUGGCCCAAAUCCUAUACAAGAUCAACAUCGGCCUCACCAAAAUCAGUAUCCUGCUGCUAUAUAUCCGACUCUUCAUCCAGCGGUGGUUCUUCAUAACUUGUUUGACGUGGGUUGCUAUUAUCUCCUCGUUUACCCUCAGCACUGUGAUCUCCAGCAUACUUCAAUGCUCACCGGUCCAAUAUGCUUUCAACAAGUCCAUUCGCAGUGGUGGUUCAUGUUUCAAUCUGACCGCAUUCUGGUACGCCAAUGCCGUCUUCAACAUUUUUAGCGACCUGGUUCUUGUCGCCCUGCCAGUCCCCGUCAUCUGUAAACUGCAUUUACCACUGAAAUCAAAGCUUGUGCUCUGCAGCAUCUUCGCCGUCGGUAUAUUCGUCUGCAUCACGUCCAUCCUCCGCAUCACAACCCUGGAUAUCGCAACCUCACACCUCGACAUCACCUGGAACAGCAUCGGUUCCUCCAUGUGGACUGUCAUCGAAUCAAAUCUGGGCAUUAUUUGCGCCUGUCUCCCUGCUCUCCGUCGUCCCCUCGCCUUCGUUUGCCCGCGUCUCUUUGGAAAAUUAGACCGCAGUGCUUUUCACGUCGUUAGAAGAUAUGAGCCACCGCAGCGUGGGAGUCGGUCCAAGACCAUUGAUUCCGGUCCCAAUAAAUCCACUGGUUGGAGCUUGUUGGAUGAAUUGACUACUCGUUCCACAGUCCGCGAGGGCGAGCAGGGAGGUGUUGGAGCUAGUCAAAAGGAGACUGUCUCGGAUCCGGGCGUUGAGAAUCAGACGAAUCGGAUUCGGAUGUCAACAUACGUGUCCGUUCGAUAUGAUCAGUUCCACGACAAAGAGGACGUUGUUGAGAUGAACGAUCUGACAGCGGGUAUUCCUAAUUGUACCGACCACACAUCCAAGCAAGGAAACGUUCUAGACCAAGACCAUAUCCACCGUGAGGAGAGGUUCCAUACCUGA